AUGGAGGAAGACGGAUUCCACUCCAUUUCAUGGGACGACGCUCCCCCGCGCACCGGCUUCGCUGACAUGCCUGGCGUCGGCGAGGACGACGACGACGGCUUCGACAAGAUCAGUCCCAUUUCGACUGAGGAGCACACCUUUGGCGCGGCGAGCACAAGUACCGUGCGUCCAGAGGAAACACGUCGCAUUGCAUUCGAACCCGGAGACUAUGAAUGGGGAGGACGCUGGAUGUCCAUCGAAGUCAAGGACCCCGUCAAGGAACACGAGGGGAGCAAGGACAUGUUUGUGUCGUACGCAGUGGAGACAAGGACAAACCUCAAGACGUUCAAGGAAUCGCCUACGGCCGUGCGUCGCCGGUUCCAGGACUUUGUCUUUCUCCACGAUCACCUCCUCAAGAGCUUCCCGGCUUGCGUCAUUCCGCCCAUUCCGGACAAGCACCGUUUAGAGUACAUCAAGGGUGACCGCUUCUCCUCAGAGUUUGUCGAGAAGCGCCGCAUGGACCUGCAGCGGUUUGCAGACCGCAUUGCGAACCACCCAACACUCCAGCGUAGCCAACUGGUGGCUGACUUCCUCCAGAGCCAGCAAUGGAAUGUUGCCAAGCAUUCCCAUCUUGGUCAUCCACCACCGGAGUCACACUCGUCAAUGCUCGAGUCGCUGAGUGACUCGAUUGUGAACGCGUUCACCCGCGUGCGCAAGCCAGAUGCGCGCUUCGUGGAGAUGAACGAUGCGCUGGAGCGGUUCGAGGAGGGCAUGGGCCAGAUCGAGAAGCUCGUAGCACGAAGCAAGAACCGCGAAGACGACCUGGUCAGUGACUACCAGGACUUGGCGGCGGCCUACCAGGGCCUAGGAUAUCUCGAGUCGGGCAUCACGGAACCGCUAAACCGCUUCGCUGAGAAGAUGCUUGACUUUUCGACGCAUCUCAAGCACCUGAACCAGGCGUCCGUCGACCCCUUCCUCAUCCAGACACACUCUCUCUUAGCAUACGCUGGCGCGCACCGGCAAACAAUAAAGCUGCGGGACCAGAAGCAGACUGACUUCGAGGAGCUAUCGGCUUACCUGUCGGCCGUUGUGGGGGAGCGAGACCGGCUCGCGGCUCUGAGCUCGGGUUAUGCGGGUGCCCCAGUUGGGCUCGGGACCUACCUCCGAGAUCAGGUAGACAAGCUGCGGGGAACGGACGACAUCCACACCCGACGCGAACGGAUGCGGAAGCUCGACGGAAAGAUCAAUGAGCUCCAGGAGGCGGUGACAGCCGCUCACGAGACGUCUACCGCGUUCUCGGACGAGGUCAUCAAGGAACACACUGUGUUCGAGUUGUCCAAACAGCAGGAGAUGAAGGAGAUGCUUGGCCGCUACGCCGACGGACAGGUCGAGAUGCUCCAGCGUGCGAUGGAUGAGUGGGACAGGAUCAUCCCUCUCCUCCAGCGUAUCCGGGUGGAUGUGUAG